UCAACACCCGCUUUUGCAGGUAAAUGGCAGUAGUUUUUUGUAAUUUUCUCGUUACCCGGGGAUUUUCAUUAAAAUCUGUGAUCAUUUAAUUCUGUAGUUCCAUUUUAGUAUAGUAAUACAAAAACUCAGAAAACAUUAAUAAUGAACGUGACUGUGGUUCUCUAAUACAUAAGUGUACGAGUUUGUUUUAGUAUGUACCUAAUACCUAUUGCAUUUUAAAGUUGUGUUAAUUUUAAUCAUGUUUUCUGAACAUUAAUCUACAUUUUGUGUUAACUACGCUGCUCCAUCCAGAUAUUAAGACAAAAUGAAUGUGGCGGAAUGCAGUUUCAACAGAAAAGAAGAUGAAGAGCCCAAUCCAAAAACGAUGCAGCUAUCGCAGCUCAUCCAACUCAUAGAUCCAAAACACUUGUCAUACUACCUCGAAACAGUGGCGUCUUUUCUAAAAAACUCAAAAAGGGACUUGUGGUUUCCGAACAUAUCCCCCCAACUCGAUGCCUUCCUGGUUCGAAUGAUACAGGACACACAAAACCUGAGGAGUCUUCUGAACCACCUCGAUGUGAAGUCCAAAGCGCUGGCCGUUGAUAUAAUUGAAACGUUGGACAAUCAUAAAGACGAAUUCAUAGUCGUUCACAGCUAUGUCAACUCAAAUUUUAAUAAAAAUGUACUGCUUUAUAGAAAGGUUGUGAAUAAUAGAUUAUCAGAUUCGCCUGUCGUCAGCAAUUUUCAAAGAAUGUGCCCAGUCCAACGCCCAUCGACAUCGGAAAGGGCGAAAGAAUCUGCCAGACAAAACCCACCAGACAGGUCUGGUACGGACAACCCGUUGUCCUACUCUUUCAAGUCUCAAUGGGUGGACUUCACACUGAGAUUCAUUCAAGACCACACUGCUGACUGCCUAGAGUUCCCAGAGAUGAGCAUAGAUCAAGCGGAGUUUGUGUACUCACUGAUCCAAGAGGCGAAGCUUGACAGCGAGGAAGAUCCAAAAUGCAAGGCUUUGUAUGCACCAUUGCAGAAAGCGCUGAAGGUGUUUAAUGAGAACCACGAGUUCAAAGUCAGCUUUUUGUACCUGGCUGGGGAUGAAGUCCGGCUUAAUUUAGAAAAGGUGCCGCUUAAUAACAACAGGGGUGAGGCACAGUGCCCAGACAAAAACGCGCGGAAAAAAAACUCGCCAAAAGAAGUCACUUCGGUGUUCAUUCAGGGCUCUCUGCAAACAAUUUGGGAGUUCAUCAACGAGGAAGCAAAUGGGAGUAUCCUCUUUAGAAACGCCAACGAUGCGGAGUGUUCGUUUUUGCAACGUAUUCUGACCUCUAUAAGGUCUAAGAAUAAGAAGCUACACGCGUCAUUUCUAGAAGAGAGCAAGGUGAUGUUAAGGAAGAUUGUAGCAGGUUUGAGAACUUGCCCGUUCGACUUGAAGUUGGCAUACAUUAGACUCGAACAGAACAGAACGCUAAAAAAUGUGUGUAUAAGUAAAGUGCCAAAGGAACGUAAUUGCACUAGUACAAGCGCGUGCAGCACUCCAAUCCGCCAAAAUAUUAACGCUCCUGAAAACAUUGUGCCAAGACCAUCUGGCUCUCAACAGCCCUCAACAUCAGCUCAGAGCUCCAAUCAAAAUAUAGCCCGAACCACAGAGGGCUGGCAAGUCGCAGACAGACCCCCGACCAUAAACAAUAAAGUGGAAAGACGUGAUGACCACGCGGUACCCACUACUUCAAAUACGUCAACAAAUAAAAUCGAAAAGAGUGAUGCUCAAGCUUUAACAAGCAAUGUUAAUGUAAAAGUGACAAAAAACACUGCUACAAACCUGGCUGGCAAUAACGCUCAAAUUAAAAAUGAUACAAACUUAAAAAAAGAACCAGUCAUAGACAAUACAGGCAGAGAAACUUCUUCUUUGAGCGUCACUGUCAAAAAUGCGGCCACAGAUAAUUCAACCUUAUACAAUGCAUCGGACUCUGUGGAUUCCGGGGUGGGCAUAGAUAAUGGGAUAGAGUCAGAAGGUGCUAUGAAAAGUGGGAAGUCAAUUGCUGCUGCUGUAUACAGUUUGAAGACUAAGAGGGAUCGGAGUGAAGCUAAAGGUCUAGGUCUGAGGAAGGCCAGGCUGAUAGAAGCGCUGUCGGUGCCUUUGGAGAGCGAUGUGGCGAUGAGGAUGAUGCGUCAAAUGGGCUGGAAGGGCGGCCCGUUGGGCACGCGAGGCGACGGCAUAUUGGAGCCCAUCAUGCCGGAUCUGAACCGGAAAUCAAACGCCGGUCUUGGCCACGUUGCGCCCAAAAAGGAGCCCAAGCCUCAAAAACCACAGGCCCCGCCCCCAAAAGCACCUCAAGCCACGCCCCCAAAGCCACAAGCCCCGCCCCCAGCCAAACUGGCGAAGACUAUCCACUGCCACAAGCCGCCGAAUCUUCGUGCGGACUUAUUGGGACAUAUACAUUAUUUGAUAACCGAAGAAUAUAUUGAGAGAGUGGUCGUAUACUCUGCCAAGAUGGGGAAGAAAGACAUCACCUUUCUCAAGGGCGUACUGAAGUCCAUUGAGACGCGGACUCAGCAGGCGUUCAACGACGAGGUUCAACAGGAGACGUUCAAGAAGAUUCUGGUUGAAAUGGUGGCGGCGCCGGAUUUGCAGGUCGGCUGCGUGAUUGGAGGAGACAAAAGGUCCAUAUGCUUCACCAAACACGGCGUACCCAGCUCCCAGAAGACAUGCGAUCAGCAAUAUAUGCCGCUUGACACCGUCAUAUCGGUGGCUUCCAAAUACCGCCACGCCAAAUUGAUCACCACCGAUAUCAUAAUGGACAUAGGAAAACAUUUAGGCCCGCGAAACACUGUCAAAUGCAACAAAGCUAUCGGCCAUAGAAUUAUAUUAUUAACAUCAGUGCUAGACUUGGUUACUGGGAAUAAAUUAGAGAAAGAAUUGAAUUUUGAUUAUAUUUUAACGUGCAAGCAAGUGGGAUACGUCAAUGAGAUGGUGAUUGGAAUUAAUGCGAGGGUGAGAUGGUCGCAUAGCACUUGUUUUGAAAAUCAUCUCAUGGUUGAGAUCCUGAAGGUUCUGAAGGAGACGACGCUGGUUCUGCAAGCAGUGUUCGCCAAUAAUAACCAACUGUUAAAAUUCCAGAAGACAUCCACAACUGGUGCUUACCAACCGCGUUUCACCAACAGCUCAUUGGAAGACAAAAUCGACAAUAAAGACAGUGCUAUCCCUGGAACGUCCAAACAAACUAUCGAGAAAGACUCUCAAGCCAAAAAUAAUAAGAAUGAUGCCAAAAUUGACAGUAAGACUGGACAAGAAGUGAUCGUUAUAUCGGAUAGUGAUGAAUCUUUUAAGAAAGAGGCUAAAGGUGAAUGCAGCACAGCAAACACAUCUUUCGAGUCUGAAUUCGAGAAAGACGUUAACGAGCUCAAGGAAGCUAUAAAAGCAGCCGAUGACAAUCUAGAUGAAAAAGACCAUGUCAGUGCGAAAAGACUGCGAUCGGAUUCGGACGGGUCCCACGGCAAUAAGAAAAAGACCAAAAUAAAUACCACCAUCAAAUACUUGGGGAUCGCUCCAGACAGCUAUCCUUUAGAAGAAGUUGGCAUCGAUGAGAUAAUGACCUUCCAAAAUAAGGUUUGCGAACACAUAGAAAAAAAGAAGGAAAAACCAUUACUGGAAUGUCUUGGCAUCAAAAAUGGCGCCAUCAUAUACUGUUGUCAUGACGAAUUCGCCAGAUUCCUUGUCGAGAGUGUUGCCAACAACAUGAAUUUGAAAACAAUCAACAUCACAAAUCUGUAUAAAAACAAAAAGAAACAAUACAAAAUGUCUGCGAGGAUCAACAGCUACUUAGAUCUGAAUUUGAAGAAGCUGUUUGCUACAGUCGAAGACUACAAUCCUGGAUUGAAGACGGAUCUGUGGGGAGUUAUUGAUGUCCAAAACAACACCGGGUAUGUUAAUAUUUCUUUAGAAGUAGACGAGGAAUCUUUUGAGUACAUAUCUGACAAUAACUUCAGCAUCUUCGCUGGUAUGGAUAAGCUUAGAUUCAAUUUGUUGUGGGAAUAGGAUCGCCAAAGAUGAAUGUUGAGUUGCACCACGUAACUUUAACCGUAACUAUAACGGUAACCGGUGUUUUUUUGUAUGACGUUUAUUGUAGUUAAAGUAAGAUGGUGCAACCCAGUCUAAGAUUUACAUGGAGUUGUGAGUUUAAACUAGUCACUUGUUCAGUGUCGUUAGGUCUCAGCAUUGAUUUUGAAGGCUACAAGCCGUAUUGACUGUACCAAUGUUUUACAUUAUAUUUAUUGGGAUAUGUGCAUUUAUAACUACGGUUUAAGACAUUUAUUUUUCAAAAAAAUAAUUCGAAGUUUACUUAUGUAGAACAUGAGUUAUCUAUUGAAAAAUACUGUCUUAAUACUGUACUGACUCGAACACAGCUUUGCGUUUGAUGAAACGAUCCGUUUUCACCAUCAAUCUUUAAUUUUUAAUUAAGUGACCCCUAUAGUAACACAAUAAAAAUUCCUAUCGAAUUUUGUUUUCAUAGGGGUAAUUUAAAAAUUAGGAAUUGAUGAUGAAAACGGGCAUCACUCUCAUUAGCUCAAUGGUCAAAGUAGUCAUUUAUUUUAAGUCCCAAGAAUAAUUGUCAGGAAUAAUAUUCUCUGAUAUUUAUUUAGCUAGUCACUAAAAAGUGGAAGGGCGUGGCCCAAAUAUUAAAUUUACUUUAUUUAAGAAGACACACAGCAAACAUAAUCGUAACACAUAGAUAAUUUUAAUAACUUAAAAUAAGUUGUAACUGGCACUAAAAUUUGCAUUAACGUAUCUUUUAUGAUAACUUUUUUUUUAUAUUCAAAUGAACCUAUAUCUUUCAAAUGUGACAUUUUGUAUUUUUUUCCUACAAUUUAGUUUAGUGUAGUUUAUAAAACUAUAUUUUUAAGAUCUGAAACUAAGUCAUUCGUGUGAUUUAUUUAAUAAUAUUGAUCUCAAAUGUUGCUCAAUUGUCACAGUCAAUACAAAAUCAAUGCUGAUACAUACACAAUGUAAGUCAACCAAAGAAUGAUAAAAAUAUCCUCGGUACUUUGAACCCUAUGUUAAAAGCAUAAAGUUUAAAAUCUUUUGGAGGGAAUAUGACAAUUUGUAGGUAUAGAUGACCCACGCUGAACUGUCCCACCAAACUCAAUGACAGGGGGGCGCUACCAUCGUUCAACUAUAUGGUUUCCAACAUGGCAAAAAUCGGAACCAGCGAUCCGGUAUUGACGGUGGCGCCCCGCUGUCAAUGUCAUGCAUAGGACAGUUCAGUAUUUUGGAACUAUAGGUUGAACUGCUGUAUGUCAACCUUUUUGAUGUUUAAAUGGUGUUUAGAUGUCAAUGUUACCAUCUUUAGACCCUACUAUUAUAUGCCAACAUCUCUAUAUGAUACUAUGUAUUGAAACUUAUUUUUUCAUAAGUUUUUAGGAUUCCUGCAUUUUUAAUGCAAAAAAAUAUUUCAAACAUGAUUUUACAUUUGAAAUAAAAAUCAUGUUCAAUUUGUCAAAAUUUUAUAUUUACUUAAAAUUAAAACUUACUGGAAAUGGUGACAUUAUUUUACAGUGUCAAAUAAAAACGUAUUUUGAAAAAUAUAUAUAUUUUUUAUAUAAAACUAAAAGUGAUAUAUAUUUUGAAAUUCUACAACGUGUAGUUAGGUACAUUUUUAAAAUCGUAUCUACCUAUCUAUAAUAUUUUGGGGCAUAUUAACUGAAUUUUAGAAAAUUUGGACAUUUCACUACAAAUCUUUUAUGUUUUUUUAAUGUUUCACACACAGCAAAAGGCUUAACUACAUAAAAAAGUAUUUUUGAAACUACUUAGUGCCAUAUUAAAAGUUAUUUUUAAGUAUCUUCUUAUUAGGAACCUUGACACUCUUAUUUAAUUUAAAAGUAAAAUUAAUUAUAAAAUUACAUUAGUUUUAAAAGUUGAUUUCCAAUUUUAUGUUCUUGAUAUCUCAAAAUUUCAAAUUUUGCUUACGAGCGUGCACUGAUAUUAUUUGAUACUUUGAUGAUUUUUGAUAUUUUAAAAGCCUCAGUGGUAUGCAUGUUUUCUAAUAUGGAUUCAAAAUUUUGUAGUUUUAUAAUUUCAUUAUGGUGGAUGAUAUUUCAAAAAUCGUUACAUUUUCUGUUAAAAUUUCAAUAGAUGUGUAUCUUAAUAGGUGUGAGUGAGACACUGGUAUGUUUGUCAUUGAUUGACAGUUUUGUAUUUGAUUGAAGUUCCUGUUUAAAAUUAAGUUUGUUACAAUGUUGAGUUGUUUAAAAACGUUAUAUUUUUUGUUACAAGGAUACCUUAAGCAUAAUCUAUUUUAAUAAGAGAUUUUUAUAACAAAGUGACCUAUUUCAAGCAUUCUCUUUCCAUCUGCUUAAAGGAAAAGUAUUUUUAGUCGCUAAGGUCUUAAAUACCUACUUUGUUAUUUUAUUUUAGUCUUUUUCUAAAUUUAGUUUGCCUCAGUUGAUGGGGGGAAA